AUGCAGCAGAGAAGGCUUCAGGCCGCUCAGAGUGCACAGCAGAAGGAGCAGCUGCCAAAACAGCUCCUGGGGAAGGCUGUGUGGAUCAGCGCGACAUCGGGAGGACCCCUUGACGGCAUGCAGCUCCCAAAGUCUCCGGAAGAAGGCGAACUCGCACCGCUGCCACCGUUUGUUCGCGGCAUCGUUUGUGAUCCCCAGCCCCCAGGUGUACCCCCAGGAGUAGCCGCAGUCGCAGCCAACUGUGGCUUGGAGUGUUCACGUGAACGAGAUGCAGCUUCUGGAGGGGGCUCGUUCGUCCAUCUCUACGCGCCCCUCUCGAGCAUCUGCCUCGCUGACGACGUCUUCGGAAUCCCCGACAAUACUCAACUACGUCAUCUGGAGCUGCCAAACGUCUUGGCGAACAUCCGUGAGCGGUACAGGGCAGCAGCGGAGGAUGAUCACAAGGCGCAUGGCAUUUAUGUGAGAGCAAUGCCUGAUGCUGCUGCUGACACAGGCAGCAUCCCAAAGGGCGCACAGAGCGGCGUGGAGUCUCUCUGGAAAUAA